AUGUCUGGUGCAAAAAUUACAGACAUUCUGCGCUUUCUAUCGCAGGAUGCCAAAGUCCCUCUGGCUACUGCACUAGGGAAGGUUGUGGAACUGCAGAAAGCUAACAUGACCAGUGCGGAGCAAAUUUCAAAAGCAAAUCCCAAAGCUAUCCAAGAAAUCUUCAAAGAUGAAAAGCUCGCCAAGCAAGUUCUCAACGCUGCCAAACGGGUCUCCAAGAAGCGGGGAGCCCCAGCUGACUCUGCAACGACAUCACCUCAGAAGAAGAAGAAGGAGUCUAAAAUUACCAAAGACUCGACACCCUUUGAAGUUGAAUCCUCCCUGGGCCUGCCCAUGUCUUCUGCCAGCGAUAGCGAGCUCUGCAACAUGACAGUGGUAACCAACCGUGCUCCUCUGGUGCUCGCUUUUGCAGUGUGUGUCUUGAAAUAUACCAUGCCCGAACAGCCAAUCUCCAGUAGAUUAAGCCUUGCACAGGCUGUGGUCAGUGCCAACAGUCGAACUAAGGCCGUCAGCCUGGGCCUUGAAAGUGGUCAGUCAGCAGAGCAAGAGGGAUGGGGAGAAGGCCAUCCAACCAUCAAAGUCCUUGGAAGGGAUAUCCGGGUCUUGAAAAGAUGGGACUACAACCCGCGCGAAGGGGAGCCCGAUCAGGCAUCUGCGUCAGAGGAACCAAACGCAGUAUCUGCCAAAGAUUUCGUGGGAAAUGGAGAUAUUGAAGACGCAGACAAGAUGCCCCCGCUAUGGGGCGUUGACUUGGAAGCUAUCCGAAAAUCCCAAGCUACCAUCGCUGGCUCAGACCCGAAACCGGCUAGUGCACUGCCCAUCUACACGGCAGAAUCUGCUCGAUCGUAUCUCCUGCGGUCAAUUUCCAAACUACAAGAGGGAAUACCACCCAAAUCAAAAUCAGCUGCCGCAGCCGUACAAGAAAAAGAAGAUUAUGUCGGCCAUCUUGUGCAUGCCAUUGACUCGGUCUGCAGCUCAUGGGCCACGACGUUAAGCAAAAGUGAACUAGAUAGACGUGCUUGGGCUUGGUAUCUUCGACUACGGCCAGAUGUUCAAAGUGGCGCUCAAGGCUGGGGUGAGAAGGGACAUGUCAAGCUUUCAGACAUACUCGCCCUUCGGAGAGACCCUUGA